AGCGGAGCUGAAUUGAGAUGGAGUGCGAUGGGAGAGAGAUGAGUUUUGUAUUUUUGUCACUUCUCAAAUUAAAUACUUUAGUUAAAACAUGAUAAAUUAUUACCAAUUUUAAACAUGAUCAAGCUGAAAUCAGAAAUCCAUAAAAGUGUGAUAAAAGAAGGUAUUACGAAGAAUGGAGUUGGUCUUUUGAUGAAAAAGACGACGAAAGCCCUCGCCUUUCUUCCUCAACCCCAAUUUUUCACUUCAAGCCUCCGUCUGUGUGUGUAUAUGUGUUUGAUAAAUGAUAAUCAUUAACAUCAACAUCAUCUUCAACUGCUCCCGGUUUUGAAUUGAAAAUCCUGAGCGCAGGGGACCAUUUGGGAGGCAGAAAACUACAUAGCAAAUCUCUCUUUCUGAACUGGUCCUCCUUUAACUUCCAGUUGCCUUUAUCUGCAUGUGUGCCAUUAAAAAUUAUAUCUAUGUAAUUGUAAUGUAACUCCAUCUCAAUCAGUCACGACUCAUCAUUGGCUUCUUCUCCUUCUCCCUCUCUCUUGGCUUGAUUAAAAUACUGGUUUAUAUAUAUGUUGGAGUUGGAAAUCAAUGUCAGGUGGUGUUGGUGAAAUUAGCAAAUUUCAAGGAAGAAUCAACUUUCUCCCUUCGUUUUUGUAAGUUCUGUAUACCUCUCUCACCUUUUUGCAAUUUUGAUUCUUAUGAGUGGCUCCCAUGUUCUCUGUGUUCGUUUUCACUUUUUCCAGCUUUUCUGAUACACUCGUGGGCGUGGCUACCAUGUGAUCGUCAUAUAUAUUAGAUUCCUCAAAAUUGUCAAAUUAUGAUCUGAUAUAAGAUGAAGCUAUUUCAUGUGCUGUGCUUUUUCAGUUUCAGGUGGUUAUAAGUUGAAGUUUUAGGGAUUAUGGAUUGGGUUUUGAAAGCAUCGUCGUACUUGAGUGAACUGGAGAGAGAUGAGUUUGAUGUGCUGCAGCAGGUGAUGGAAAAUAAUCAAAAUAUGGAGGCUGAGGCUUUCUCUGUGGACUCUGGUAUAACAUUGGGUUCAAGUUCAACCACUUCCAAGAAGCCACGUGGGGAUGGUGUGUCAUGUUUGGUGGAUGGAUGCACAGCGGACCUCAGUAGAUGCAGAGACUAUCAUCGGCGGCAUAGGGUUUGUGAAGCUCAUUCCAAGACACCACUUGUGGCCAUAGCUGGCAAACACCAAAGGUUUUGCCAGCAGUGCAGUAGAUUCCAUUCAGUUGGGGAAUUUGAUGAAGUGAAGCGGAGUUGUAGGAAGCGUCUUGAUGGUCACAACAGGCGUAGGAGGAAACCAAGGGGGAUACAAUCAUCCAUGUAUGACACCUUUUUCACCAAUUAUCCAGGUACAAAACUGGUGCGGUUUGGUGGUUCACCAGCAUACACAACUUGUAGCAGUCCCAUGAGAAUGAGAUGGCCCUGGCCCAGGCCCACCGAUAAAGAAAAGUUAAACAAGCAAAACAUAGUCACACCAUCAUCGUCAUCGUCAUCAUCAUCAUCAUCCUCAAGGGAGAAAAAGUUCCCAUUCCUUUUGGGCACCCCUGACUCUGAUGCAUCGGUAGGACAAACAUUGUUUGAACCCAAGCCCAAACCCAAACCCAAUGCCAAUGGUGCUCUCUCUCUUCUGUCAAAUAACACCGCCCCAAACCCAAACUACUUCACUAUUCCACAUCUUCCCUUACCAAAUUAUGUAACAGGACUGAAUAGCAGCGGUUACAAUAAUAAUAAUAAUAAUAAUAAUAAUAAUAAUAAUAAUCAUUUAAUUGGGAUGAUUCACUUUCGGACCGAAGGAUUCUCUCUGGAAAACCAAGCACCACAAGUCCUCUCGUUUUCUUGUGAGGAUUAAACUUGUACAUCUAAUGAAAUCCGUUUUCCCGUUUAUCAAUCAUAUUUGUUUGUUGUUCCCAAAUGUUUAUUACUGAAUUAAAGAAUGAAAAAGGCAGCUUUUGUCCCCUAAUUGAUGCGAUUGAUAGAUAAAGCCUUAUUACCUUUUCCUACCACCACCACCACCAUAAAACACGCACAAAAAGUGGCUGGAUGCUUUUUCUUUCUUCUUUACCUUUAUCAGAUUCACAUUCCAUUUCUACCCCUGCCCCAUCUAUCAAAUGGCAUCUUCUUCUUAGUUUCUUCUCGUAUUCUUGUUUUGUUGUUGUUGAUCUGAGACAAUUAUAAAUCAUUAUGCAUGACUGGGCGGCUCCUAUUGUAGCUGCAGCUCUGUUUGCGUUUCUAGCGCCAGGGCUGGUGUUUCAGAUGCCUGGGAAUGAAUCGCCAAUUGGUUUCAUGAACAUGAAGACGAGUGUAAUCUCCAUGUUACUUCAUGCAGUGCUCUAUGGUUUGUUUCUUAUUCUGCUUCUUGUCAUACUAGACAUACAUAUUUAUGCUUAGCAAGCACCACUUACUGCUAUUGUAUUGUAUUCUUCAUUCAGCUUAUUAAUAACAACUCUUGUAAUUUCUCUUUC